AUGAAGUCCGUGCUGUUCACCCGCUUCUUCAUCCUCCUGCCCUGGAUCCUAAUUGUCAUCAUCAUGCUCGACGUGGACACUCGCAAGCCGGCGCCUCCCCUCACCCCGCGCCCCUACUUCUCUCCCUACGCGGUGGGCCGCGGGGGUGCCCGACUCCCGCUCCGCAGGGGGGGCCCGGCUCACGGGACCCAAAAGCGCAACCAGUCUCGGCCGCAGCCUCAGCCGGAGCCGCAGCUGCCCACCAUCUAUGCCAUCACGCCCACCUACAGCCGCCCGGUGCAGAAAGCGGAGCUGACCCGCCUGGCCAACACGUUCCGCCAGGUGGCGCAGCUGCACUGGAUCCUGGUGGAGGACGCGGCGGCGCGCAGCGAGCUGGUGAGCCGCUUCCUGGCGCGGGCUGGGCUGCCCAGCACGCACCUGCACGUGCCCACGCCGCGGCGCUAUAAGCGGCCCGGGCUGCCGCGCGCCACUGAGCAGCGCAACGCGGGCCUCGCCUGGCUGCGCCAGAGGCACCAGCACCAGCGCGCGCAGCCCGGCGUGCUCUUCUUCGCCGACGACGACAACACCUAUAGUCUGGAGCUCUUCCAGGAGAUGCGAACCACUCGUAAGGUCUCCGUCUGGCCUGUGGGCCUGGUUGGUGGGCGGCGCUACGAACGUCCACUGGUGGAAAAUGGCAAAGUUGUUGGCUGGUACACCGGCUGGAGAGCAGACAGGCCUUUUGCCAUCGACAUGGCAGGAUUUGCUGUAAGUCUUCAAGUCAUUUUGUCCAAUCCAAAAGCUGUAUUUAAGCGUCGUGGAUCCCAGCCAGGGAUGCAAGAAUCUGACUUUCUCAAACAGAUAACAACAGUCGAAGAACUGGAACCGAAAGCAAAUAACUGCACUAAGGUUCUCGUGUGGCACACUCGGACAGAGAAGGUUAAUCUAGCCAACGAGCCAAAGUACCGCCUGGACACAGUAAAAAUUGAGGUAUAAAUUGAAGCAGCAACUGGUGCAGUUUGCCCAGCCAGUGGGUCCAUAUGGAAGAGGAUGUUUGGAGUUUAGGCUGCAGAACAUUCAGGUAUUGUUUGUUUUACUUCAGUACAACAGCCUUUCUUGUCAUCUGAUGGACAUCUGUUUAAAUGGAGCUUGUCAGUUAACAUAAGCUAAUUGGAUGGUACAAAAUGUAUGUUUUGUCUUCAUUUGUUCUGCAUGUUUUCCCUACAACUAAAUUGGAAGAUUUUUGUACAGUGCCGAUACUGCAAGAUACCACUCAGAGUAUGUAUUUUUUCUUUUUCUGCAGUUUGCCCUUAUAAUUGGCAGACCUGAACAGGUUUUUAAAACAGACAAGUAUUUUGUCAGCUAAACAUUCCUGAUUCCUGACUUUGCAACACUAAGUAAUUUUUGGAAGGUUACUGGCAGUAUGCAUCAUAGGAAAUAAAAAACCCACAAAUGAAAAGGUCUAUGGAUUCAUCUGUUUAAUAUAGGGAAAUAACAUUUUGUCAAUACUAGGCACCAUAAAAUGUAAACACAAUUACUGUCAUAAACCUGGAUAUACCUUCAAAGAUUGAAAGUGGCUUUGUUUUAGUUACCCUGUUUGCAUAUAGUGCAGAAAAAGGUCUUCAUGUUAGCACUAUGUACAUUGAGAAGAGAUCCAAAUUACAAGAGAGGCAGAUAAAAUUUGAAUUAUUUAAACAUUCAUUAACUAAGUUUUGGAGUAA